GUCGAAAGUUUGUGCAUGGCAUGCGAGCAACAAGGAAAGACAAACAUACUCCCGAUCGAGAUCCCUCACUUCGGUCGGGUGGUCGUGAUGGCGUUCGAAUGCGACGAGUGCGGAUACAGAAGCAACGAGGUGAAGGAAGCGAGUGAGAUUCGCCCCCUAGGCGUUCGAUACCUCCUCCACGUGCAGAAGCGAGAGGAUCUGAACAGACAGGUCAUCAAGUCUUCAUUUGCUUCCAUCGCCCUCCCUUCUCUCGAUUUUGAGAUUCCUCCUCCUGCUCAACGAGGCUCUCUCAACACCGUCGAAGGGUUCCUGAUGCGAGCUCAAGAAGACUUAAACAAG